UUGACGAUUUCAUUGCAUAUCGAAUUUUUUUAAAUCUUUUUAGUUUAGUGAUUAAUGUAAAUUACCUUUAACCCCUUGUUUUUUUUUUUACAUUCAACGUCUUACCAUUGGCUACCACCAGGAGUCAUACUCGUGAUGAAUGGUCAUAGUCGCUUUAUUCAACUGAUCUGUAUUUUCUAGGAGCCAAGCUCCUUCUAUCCCUUCAGAAAUGCCACGUUGCAGAAAGAAGCCAUCAGAUCAUGAUGUCAGGUGUGGACAUGACAUAAGCCAAAGUCCUGUCAGGAAUGGUGCUGAGACUAGAAAGCAUCAACAGCCACGGACACACACCUAUCCAUCUCUCACCUCAACUUAUCUCCACCCUCCAACCUCUGACUUUGAGGAGCCAACAGCUGGCCCCUCGGGUACAUAAUCUUACCUCUAAAGAGGAAAGUCACUAUAAUGCAACAUCCUCAUUUCACCCCCCCCCCCCCAAACACAUUUCCAAAGACCAUCCUGUUAAUGUACUGAUCCUACUGUUUUGUCCAGGUUUGUCAGUAUCCAGAAGACACAGUCACUGCUGUCCCCCUUCACACUGUUCUACCUCCUCCAGUUCCAGCAGCAGAAGUGACUAUGCAGGCCCUGACUCAGACUGCUCCUCGUUUGAUGGCAGUGGCUACCCUCCUUACAGAGACACCUGUUACACACCAGCUCCGAAAGUUUAUUGGCUGGUUGGAGUGCACAGGAGAUUCAUAGGCUUUGCUGUUGACCUCAGAAGAUACCUGUGCUCCUUGUGGUUGCCACCGGACAUGCUUCUAUUCCGAGGGGACUAUCAGCCCCUGAGAAGAAAGGCUUUGAUGGUUGCUGGUCUAACACUUUUGGGAUUAGGUUUUUGGUUCGGGAUCCCCCUCCUUUUUCGACAACUCUCAUCUGGAUCAGUAAAUACUGGAAGUGGCACAAACCUGGCCAAGAUCCAGGAACAAUUGACGGAUAUCCAAAAGCAGCUUGCAGAGAAAGAGGCCAGGUGGAAAGAAACCCUACUGAAAGAAAUCGGAAGUUUACAGAGUGAAGAGAAAAUUACAUCAGGUCUUAAGAUGGAAUUGUCCAACUGGCUGCAGGAGUACCUGUUUACAGGUUCUAGUUCUAGUGCAGAGGGUGUAGUUCUCUGGCCUGAACUGAAGGUGGUGCUGGAGAGUAUGGAGAAGAGGCUGGUGCAGCAGCUAGCAACUUCUCAGGAUGUCCGAAAGACCGUACAGGAAGCACUCAGUCGAUACAACGCUGAUGGAAUUGGCAUGACAGACUACGCGCUCAAAUUUUCUGGAGGCAAAGUGAUCACAUCUCAGUACACUAAACCAUACUGUCCACAGUCACUUCAACUCUGCUCAGAAGGACCUAGUGCUGUAAUAGAGCCAGAGGUCUACCCAGGAAAGUGCUGGGCCUUCCGGGGAAGCUACGGCUCGGUCACCAUCGCUCUAUCCCAGUCAGUGAGAAUCACACAUGUGACUAUGGAGCACCUACCCAAGAGUCUGUCUCCAACUGGUCAGAUUGAUAGCGCUCCACAAGACUUCGCCGUAUAUGGAAUUCAUCACGUUGCCCAGAAACAAGAGGGGGUUUUUCUUGGAAAAUUUGCCUACAGCCAAGAUGGAGACCCUAUCCAAACCUUUGAAUUAAAGGCAAGAUAUCUGGUCUACAGCCAAACAAUAUUAUGUCUAUAUUUGUUUACAGGCUGGUAACAUGAUGUGUUGACCUAUUUCUUACCCUCAGGACCCUGUUAAGAAUGUCUAUCCUGUGGUGGAGCUGAGGAUCCUGACCAACUGGGGUAACCCAGUGUACACAUGUCUGUAUCGAUUCCGUGUGCAUGGCCAGGCCAAGAAUGCAUAGGAGCAUUGCACUCAUACUACUUCAAGAAAAAGAGCGCAUCUGAAAAUAUUACUUUAGUGACCAGCACAAAUACCGUGGCAAGUGAAUAAAUAAAAAAAAUACUGAAAGUAGAAUUCUGUCUCUCACUCACAAAUG